CGUGUUUUGUUUUCUUCACCUUUCCUAAUCGAAGAACAACACACUGCAAUCAAACCAAGCUUUGAACUUUGGUAUACGCACGCCAUGAUGUCUCUCCAUGGCUUGUACCGUCCUUUUGCUCACAUGGCCGAAGAAGAUUUCUUUGACGAAAUAGACGACCAAAACUAUGGUGGGGGUGAUGGAGAACAUGUUGCUUAUGAUGAAUAUGAGAUGCUUACUAAGGUGACUGAUACGUCUGCUGCACAAGCAAGGAAGGGGAAGGACAUUCAGGGAAUUCCGUGGAAGAGGUUGAACAUAACGAGGGAAAGGUAUAGAUUGACAAGGCUUGAGCAAUACAGGAAUUUUGAGAACAUUCUUACAUCUGGGGAUGUUGAGGACAAGGAGGGAAAACAAGUGGAGAAGGGUGGCAGAUACUAUGAAUUCUCUCAUAAUACAAGAGUGGUUAAGCCUACUGUUCUUCAUUUUCAGCUGAGAAACUUAGUAUGGGCUACUUCAAAACAUGAUGUCUACCUUAUCUCCAACUACUCAGUUAUGCACUGGUCAUCAUUAAGUGGCAGUUUGUCUGAGAUAAUCAAUUUUGCUGGACAUGUGGCCCCUACUGAGAGAUAUGCAGGAAAUUUGUUGGAAGGAUUUUCAAAGACCCAGAUUAGCACAUUGGCUGUCAGGGAUAAUAUUCUUGCUGCUGGUGGCUUCCAAGGAGAGCUUACUUGUAAGCGUUUGGAUAAGAAGGGAGUAAGCUUUUGUACACGGACAACACAUGAUGAUAAUGCUAUAACAAAUGCAAUUGAAAUAUAUGACAGUUUGAGUGGUGCAACUCAUCUUAUAGCUUCCAAUAAUGAUUGUGGUGUGAGGGAAUAUGACACAGAAAGGUUUCAGCCUUUAAAUCACUUCCAGUUUCCUUGGCCAGUGAAUCACACAUCAAUUAGUCCAGACCGUAAGCUUAUGACUGUUGUUGGAGAUCACCUCGAUGGACUGCUAGUGGAUCCUCAAAAUGGGAAGACUGUUGCAACAUUGGUUGGUCAUCGUGAUUACUCUUUUGCUUCUGCAUGGCAUCCUGAUGGACAUACCUUCGCAACGGGGAAUCAGGAUAAGACUUGCAGAGUAUGGGAUGCUAGACACAUAUCGUCUCCUAUUGCCAUUCUCAAGGGUAACCUAGGGGCAACACGGUCUAUUCGGUUUUCUUCGGAUGGUCAAUUUAUGGUGGUUGCUGAGCCUGCAGAUUUUGUGCAUGUUUAUAGUACAAAGGCAGAUUAUAAAAAACGUCAAGAGAUUGAUUUCUUUGGGGAAAUUUCUGGGGUUUCUCUGAGUCCUGAUGAUGAGUGUAUGUACAUUGGAAUCUGGGAUCGGACUUAUGCGAGCUUGCUACAAUAUAAUAGGAGGCACCAAUAUGAAUAUCUUGAAUCCUACUUUUGAUCUUUGAUUCGUGCUGGUUGAUUUAGGAGUAUCCUUAAUGUUAAUUUGUAGAGCAGUAUGAGAUUCUAUAUCUUUUCCCUUUGUUUUUUGCAGUAUUUUAUGCAGGUCAGUAUGAUUAAUGAAGACCACAGCAUCCUAAGAUAUUUGUACAAUGUAAUCAUUCCUCACCUUAAUUCCUUCUAUUUCUGAACUCUUGAUCUGAAUGCCACCACCAUAAGUCCUUAAAUUGGUAUUAAUGUCCUGUGCAUUGGCAUUAGGUUGUGUGUAAUUUUACUUGAACCAAACGAUUUGGUCAAUCGAAGGGGAAAUCUACAGUUUCCGAAGAAUGUUCUCUU